CAACGGUAAAGAAGCUUUUUAGCGAAAGAAAAUGCCCACCAUCAUUUCAAUCGCCUACGUAAAGCAUCCAGUUCUUCACUUCACCCUCUACCGUUGCCUUCACUUCGUUUAAAACCCGAAACCCACAUCGUUCGUCUUCCUCGGCUUAACGGGGGAUUCAAUUCAGCUCCGCAAAUUUCCACCACCAGUCAGUCGAACGAAUGACGAACGUGGUGGAAUUGAAGGUCGGUCUGCACUGCGAGGAGUGCAUCAAGAAAAUCCUCAAAGCAAUUAAGAAGAUGGAAGAUGUCGAUACUUAUGAUGUGGACAUGGAGCUGAACAAGGUGACCGUGACCGGAAACGUGACGUCGGAGGCGGUGAUCAGAGCGCUUCAGAAGAUCGGAAAGCAAGCCAGUAGCUGGGGAUCGGGAGAUCAAGCUACUUAAAACUAACGGAGCACAGGUUCGCGCUAGGAUCAACCGAUGGGGCCAAUCUCCAGACUCCAGGUAAAACAAGAGGGGAUUAAACGAGCUUCAUGGUCAUGAAUGGUUGAAAUUCGAAGUUGUACGCUAGUUAUUCGCCAUCUAGAAUCAGAUCUGCUUGUGAAGAACCGUGUACAUACGCGGUCUCCUUGUAUCCGAUGAUCGAAUUUUCCAAUUUUUUUUCCCGA